AUGGAUUUUGACGAAAACACGUAUGGAGCUAUUUGGCACGCCAUCCAAGCAAGUCAGCUAGAGUCCAUCUCCAUCGAUAGAUCAUAUGUCGAACUCGAAGAGCUCGAACGUUUUCUAUACGGCCACAGCGAUUUUCUGAAAGACCUGAAGCUUCAUCAACUCUGCACAUAUGUCUUUGACCACCACACGACUGUCGAUUUCCUUUGCUUCUUGAGGGAUCAACUCAAUCUCAAACAUCUGGCCAUUGAUGAGAUUGUGGUGGAGGACGAGAUUUCAAUGACAAAGAUUGUCUUGCCCAAGCUCGAGAGGAUGGUGUGCGAUGGAGAGAAACAGAUCAUAGAGGACGUGGACAAGCUGAUUCAAGAAGUCAACGAAGUACUUCGGGACGAUUGA